AUGCAGCAAAGGAAGCACAUGCUGCAAAGGCAGCACAUGCUGCAAAGGCAGCACACAUUGAGAAGCCUGAAACACACUGGAAAGGCAGCACAAACUGGAAAAGCAGCAUAUACUGGAAAGGAAGAACACAGUGGAAAGGCGCAGACAUUGCACAGCUUGCGAGGACAGCAAAGCUUGCGAGGACAGCAAAGCUUGCGAGGACAGCAAGGCUUGCGAGGACAGCACGGCUUGCGAGGACAGCACGGCUUGCGAGGACAGCACAGCUUGCGAGGACAGCACAGCUUGCGAGGCCAGCGAGGCUUGCGAGGACAACACAGCUUACGAGGACAGCUCCACUUGAGAGGACAGCUCAACGUGAGAGGACAGCUCAACUUGAGAGGACAGCUCAACUUUAGAGGACAGCUCAACUUGAGAGGACAGCUCAACUUGAGUGGACAGCUCAACUUGAGUGGACAGCUCAACUUGAGAGGAAAGCUCAACUUGAGAGGACAGCUCAACUUGAGAGGACAGCACAACUUGAGAGGACAGCACAACUUGAGAGGACAGCUCAACUUGAGAGGACAGCUCAACUUGAGAGGACAGCUCAACUUGAGAGGGCAGUUCAACAUGAGAGGGCAGCUCAGCUUAACAGGACUGCUCAACUUGAGAGGACACCACUACUUGAGAAGAAAGCACAACUUUCGAGGACAGCAAAGCUUGCGAGGACAGCACAGCUUGCGAGGACAGCAUGGCUUGCGAGGACAGCACGGCUUGCGUGGACAGCACGGCUUGCGAGGACAGCACAGCUUGCGAGGACAGCUCAAUAUGAGAGAACAACUCAACUUCAGAGGACAGCUCAACUUGAGAGGACAGCUCAACUUGAGAGGACAGUCCAACUGA